AUGGAAGCUGAGCCUCACGACCCAGAACGUCGAAGCCUGGUGACUCCAGGGCGAUCGCAGCGAAAAGAAAAAUCAAGCCAAGGUCGUGCACGCAGCCGGCGACGUAGUCGCAGUCGUAGUCGUAGCCGCAGCCGCAGACGUAGUCGCAGCUGUAGCCGUGACUGUAGUCGCAACAUCAGUCACAGUCGUCAUGGCAGCCGUCGUCGUAGCUGCAACCGCGGCCGCAGCCCAAGUAUUAACUUCGAGAACUCACACAACAGUGCACGAAGUCAAAGCAGGUACUGUGAUUUAUAUAUUCAAGAACGUCAUCUAUAUAACGAGAGAAAACGAAUACGAGAACUAGAAGAUGAAUUACAAAAGAAGCUACGAGAUCUGGACAGUGAUAAAAUCCAACCACUUCAAAAUAAAUCGAACAAACGACAACAUGAAGAAUCGGUACCACAAACACCAUUAGAAGUUUCCCCAAAACAUGUAUCUAUUAAAACUACACCGAAUGAUAAAUAUAAAGUAAUGAUCAAAAUUAAUGGUAAUUCUAUAUGCUGUCAAGUAGAUCUAGGUAGUGAGGUUACAUUGAUACGAGAAAGCGACGCUAAAGCUAUAAAAUUAACAUGGACCUCUGUGAAUAGCCCGUAUUUAAGAGGGUUAGGAAAUAUACCCUAUUUACCGUUAGGACGUACAUUUGCAGACAUAGAACUUCAAGGCUUAGUAGAAAAACAAGUUGAAAUACUUAUUGUAGCAGAUAGUUUGAUUAACUUGCCGGUAUUAUUAGGUCAUAGUUUCACUGAGAGACCAAAUUUAAGAAUAAUUAAGACUGACACAUACUUACAAUUUGACCGAGUAGACGACACGUUAAAUUCCAAAAUAUCCUUGCGUUCUGGGGUUAAUUUAAAAAUUGGUCUAGGGGAAAUGAGAGUAUUAAUAGUGAAAUCAGAUGAAGUUUAUAACGGUUAUGUAUAUAUCAGGGGUAAUAUUAGAGGUUGUCCCGGUAAUGAACACUAUUUAUUGCCUGGUGAGUAUGAAAUAGUUAAUGCCACACCUCGAGCUAAUGGGCAAGUAGAGCGGUACAACCGCACUAUAUUAACUUCUCUUAGUACUUUAAAUCAUGGUAAAAGUAAUGACUCUUGGGACUUAAGAUUACCGGAGGUACAAUUGGGUAUUAACACUAGUGUUCAUGAUGUUACUAAGAGAACGCCAACUGAAAUGCUUUUUGGAAGAAAAGUAAAUAAUCCAUCUCAGGGCGUUUUGAACAGUAUUAGUGAUGAUAUAGGUAACGGGGUUAUAAAAGACUCGUUAGACAAAAUUAGGUUAGAAGCAAAAGAAUUAAUCAAAUAUAAUCAAGAAAAAAAUAAAGACAGAUUUGACUUACAGAGAAAAUCACCUAGAAAAUAUAAAGAGGGCGAUUUAGUAAAAAUUAUUAGAACAAUAGCUGGAAAUUCAGGUCAGUCCAAGAAACUAGAACCCAAAUGUCAAGGUCCAUACAGAAUAAAAAAGAUAUUACCUAAUGAUCGAUUCGUAGUAGAAGAUACGCCUCUAACUAGGAAAGGCAAGAGAUACGAAAAUGUAGUAUCUAUUGAUAAAAUUUCGCCUUGGUUAAGUUUUAGUGCCCCUGUCGUGUCUAGUGAUAGUAGUGACAAUGAUAGUAAU